UACAAAGACAGCAGAGGCCAAUGUAUUUAAUCCUGUUAUUGAUUAGAACCAGAGGGGCUCAUACCUGAAGUCGGCACAGCGGCCGCCGACCUUUUAGUGAACCGUAAGUCGGCAGGGCAAUUGAAGAAUAAAAGGCCCCCUUCAAUUCUCGAGGAGCGGGAAGAGGCAGCCAUGGCGAACAAACUCAUCAGCCAAAUGGGUCUUCCUCCAUCCGUCGCCAACGUUUUCGCCGCUCGUAACAUCUUGACCGCCAAGGAUGCUCUCUCGUUGCCCGAAUUCGAGCUGAUGACUCUCCUUGGCAUGGGUCUCGAUCAAGUGAAGUCCGCCGUGGAGCGCAUCAGCGAGAUCACAUGUCCGCCUUACCAAACCGCACUUUCUCUUAUGGAGGAUCGUGUGCGGUUAGGAGGCCAUCUCCCGACGUUGCUUCGCGGUCUUGAUGAUGCCUUGUGUGGAGGGAUACCGUUUGGGGCCCUCACGGAAUUGGUUGGCCCCUCAGGGAUCGGUAAAACCCAAUUUUGUCUAAAGCUCUCACUAUUAGCGGCUUUGCCUUCUUGCUAUGGAGGCCUAAACGGGCGUGUUAUAUACAUUGAUACUGAAUCUAAAUUUAGUUCACGCAGGAUGGUAGAGAUUGGAGAAAAUAGUUUCCCUCAGAUAUUUCAAUCAGAAGGCAUGGCACAACAGAUGGCUGGUAGAAUUAUAGUUGUACGGCUGACAUCAUUGCCUGAAUUCACGGAGAGAUUGCAACAGUUAAAGUUGACACUUAUCCAGCAUGAUGUGAAGUUGCUUGUAGUUGAUAGCAUGGCUGCUCUUGUUUCUGGGGGUAAUGACACAAGAACUGCUGGUCCAAAGCAACAUUUGCUGAGGUGGCCUCUUUCUUUUCUAAAGUCCCUUGCCGAGUUUUCACGAAUUCCUGUUGUGGUGACAAACCAAGUCCGUAGUCAAAGUAGUAAUGAAGCCUUUCAUUAUCCAUUUCAAGGGAAAGAGAAGGAUUCUAGCAAAAAUUUUGAAAGGCUAGAGUCUCAUCUAAUUGCUGCUUUAGGGAUCCAAUGGGCUCAUGCUGUAACCAUCCGUCUUGUCUUUGAGGCUUAUUCAGGUCAGAAGUUCAUUAAGGUGGCAAAAUCGCCUAUGUCUCCUGCAAGGGCAUUUCCAUUUAUUGUGGAGUCAUCUGGAAUUUCACUGUUAAAUGACGAUGGCUUCAAAGUUAUGGGUCGAGAGAUAAACACAAUUCGCUUUCAAGGUCACAACAUUCUUGAGCAGUGAACUAGGUGGUGUUCUCAUUCAUAGCCAAUUUUCACAGGAUUUUCAUAUUCCGGAAGCAGAUUUUGGAGCAAGGAACAAUCCUCUUGUACUAGUGUUCCUGAACAGCUGCUAUGGCAUUUAAAAGCUUCGAAAUAUUCAUGCUUUAUCUGUUUGGGGCCAUCAAAUGUGGACUACUUCGUAAUGAGCUUGGCGAUAACAUAUCCAUUCUAACUAUGAAAUAAGUCAUUGCCAGGCACAUUCAUGUUUCCAGAGGUUAUAUGUUUUAUAGCAUAAUUCUUGGCUACUAACCUUGCAGUCAAAAAAAAAAAAAAAGGGUUAUCCCAGUGCUCAAGGCUCCUGCCACUGCAGGUUUUCGGAGGGUAAAAUGUAUACAAUCUUACCCCCGCAUGCUAAGAGUCUAUUUUCGUGUUUUCAACCUAUGACAAUUUAGGUCACAGUAGAGCAACCUUGCUGUUACGGCAAAACUUACUCUCAGGCUACUAACUUUGGAAUGUUCUGGGGAAAACAUAUAAGGAUUCAUAAAAUUCACCUUAACUAGCGUAUGAUUUCCUUAGUCUUCUAGAAGUCUUUUCUACACUGAAUCACCUUGGGAUCAAUUAUCAAACCUAGCUUGUUUCCCAUAACUGUUACAAAGUUACAAAGUGCUCAAAACCAAGAUUAUUUUUUAAGAAUUUGUUCACUUGUAAUCCAUUGUGAAAACAUGGAGAUCAACUUCAAAUUUACUGCUGUUAGGUUACCAUCU